AUGUCCGCCAAGCUCUACCCCCAAACCAAGCCCGACCAGCCAGCCUCCAGCCCGCUCCCGCCGCUGCUGCACACACCCUCGGGCCUCGCCCUGGUCGAGCUCCAGGGCACCAUCAACCUGCCCGCCGGCGAGGACGGCGAGAUGCUCAAGGACGUCGAGGUCGGGCGGCUCGACUUCCCGGACUUUGUCCCCGACGCCGAGGGCUCUGCCUGGAUGAAGCGCGUUCAUCUGUACGUCGGCCAGCACCAGCGCCUGACGGGCGAGGUCAAGAAGCUGCCCCGCGCCGUGGCCGUCGUCCGCCGCCGCGAGAAUCAGGUGUACGGCAGCUCGGGCGGCCCCGUGCAGGAGCAGGGCGACAACCUCGAGGUGGUGGAGAUUGUCAAGUACAAGGUGCUCUUCUCGAAUCGACCCGAGCCGGUCAACACGAGCGGGGCGCAGUAA